AUGCCCGGUUCUGGUUUGAAAGACGUUGGUUUUGACGCAGAGAAUAACGAUCUCAAAAGGACCCCUUCUGUAUUGAGCUCUGAUAGCUCCGCCAAGUCACUCAGUGUCGGUGUACAGAUUGCUAGAGAGAGCGAGCAUGAGAUCAAGUACAGGACUUGUUCAUGGCAGAAAACGGCAGCCCUUUUAUUUUCCGAGUACAUCUGCCUCGCGAUGGUUUCUUUUCCAUGGUCUUUCUCCGUACUCGGAAUGGUCCCUGGUGUCAUUGUCACUGUAGCAGUCGCCGCUACAUGCUUGUACACCUCCCUUAUACUCGGUCGAUUUUGCAUUAAACACCCAGAAAUGCGCGACGUUUGUGAUAUCGGACAAUAUCUAUUUGGGGGCUCGCAGCUGGCGUAUAAUCUCACAGCUUUGAUGUUUAUUCUGAACAACAUAUUUGUCCAAGCAUUACAUGUCAUAACAGGCGCGAAAUACCUCAAUACGGUAUCAAAUUCGGCCGAAUGCUCGCUCACUUUCGGUGCCAUUACCGCUAUAAUAUGUUUCAUCGUUUCUCUACCACGUACGCUCAAUCAAAUGUCCGGCCUUGGGACAUUCAGUGCCAUUACAAUGGGCAUUGCCGUCCUCCUGACGAUUAUAUUCUCUGGUGUCCAAAGUCAUCCGUUUGGAUACAUUGCUGGACAGGAGCCGCUGGUUACAGCGAUUCCUAUACCGGGAACUUCUUAUGUCGCAGGGAUGUCCGCUUUCUUGAACAUUACCUACACUUUUGUCGGUCAAGUUAUGAUUCCUACGUUUAUCGCGGAAAUGGAAAACCCGAAAGACUUUCCUAAAGCUCUAUGGGCCGUUACCAUUGCAGAAGCGGUGAUUUACACUAUCUGUGGAGCCGUCGUUUACCACUUCGUUGGGAACCAAUAUGUAACUGCCCCUGCGUUCGGUUCACUUACUCAGACGUACAAGAUAAUCGCGUUCUCCUUCGCAGUACCGACAAUCAUCUUCCUAGGAGCCCUAUAUUCUAAUGUCGCAGCACGUUUCGUGUUCUUCCGACUGUUCCGUGAAUCCCGUCACCGGCACUCCAAUACGAUCGUGGGAUGGGCAGUUUGGGUCGCACUUGUAGCAGCAACCUGGGUAUUGGCUUGGAUCAUUGGAGAAGUCAUACCAUUUUUCUCUGAUAUGCUGAGCUUGAUGAGUUCGUUGUUUAUCUUCUGGGCCAUGGCAUACUUGACACUAUACCCUGGAAAAUCAAAAUGGGAUGGACCGUUGCGAUCGGCGGAAACACUGGUCAAUUAUUUUUUGAUUCUCCUUGGAGCGUAUAUCACGGUCGCCGGGACAUAUACAUCCGUGGAAUCCAUUAUACAGUCAUAUCAAGCCAGAGCAGUUGCAGGUGUAUUCACGUGUGCCAGCAAUGCCUUGUAG